ACGUGGUCCUGUGUUCUUUUUUCAGAGGCACAUAAUAUGGAUUUGUCAAUCCGCAAGGACAGCAAAGAUGUGCCACCAAACAUGUCUGAGCUGAAGGUUGUUCUCAUGGGGAACAGCUGGCCUGCACGGAGCCUGGCUGCAAACCUCAUCCUGGGACAGACCGGGUUCAACACCAAGGAGGAACCAGAAACCUGUUUGAGCAUCAGAGGACAGGUGAAGAAGAAGAAACUGAUCCUCAUAAACACUCCAGAUCUAUUGGUUCCCAACGUGUCCCAGUACAAACUCACACAACACAUUGAGAAAUGCAGGAGGCUUUCUGGUCCUAGACCCCAUGUGUUCCUGCUGGUUCUGCAGCCUGAAACCUUCACUGAGGAAGACAAUUUCCGCCUCUGCAGAAUCCUUGAGUAUUUCAACGAUCGGCCAUUUGACCAUUCACUGGUCCUGCUCGCACCCCCCACACAGGGAGCUGUGGGUGUCGGUGCUAACUACAUGGACCUGACGACCUCAGAGGACAUGGUGAAGAAGUGCAGAGGACAUUUUUCAUUUAGCAGAAACACCAAACCUUCUGAGCUGUUGGAACAGUUGGAGAACAUCUUUCAAGACAACAAAGGACAACAUGUGGCCUGUGACACGUUUGUGGACUCACCGACCUCCGAUGGCCAAGUUACUGGUUCUACCUACAGAAUCAUUUUGCUUGGAAAAGAUGAAGAAAAGAAGACCAGAAUUGGAAAUCUUGUUGUUGGACAAUCAGGAACACAUUUCCUAAAACAAACAGCCAAGACAUGUGUGGUCACACACGGGGAGUGGAAAGGAUCUUCAUUAACGGUGGUUAAAACCCCGAACUUCUUCAGGAUGUCCCAGGAAACUAUUAAAGAAGAAAUGAAGAAAUGUGUGAGUUUUUGUGAACCUGGACCAAAUGUUCUGCUGCUGUUAGUAAAACCCUCCUCAUUCAGUCUGAAGAAGAGUCAAACCCUCAACUUCAUCUUCAGUUUGUUUAGAGAAGAUGCCUUUAAAGUCUCUAUGGUUGUCAGAACACAUGAUGAGAGGAACUGUUCGUCAGUCAUACAGCUGAUUAAAGACUGUGAUGCGAAACAGUACAAUAUGUAUGAAAUUGACCAAAGAACAUUGAUGAAGAAAGUCUGGAACAUCAUACUUGACAACAGAGGAGCCUUCCUCACCCUUGCUGAUGACGUAAGACCAGAGCCACACCAGAUGAGACCUCCUUUAAACCUGGUUCUGGUUGGGAACAGAGGAGCAGAGAAGACUUUAGCAGCUAAAUCUAUUUUAAGUAAGACAGAUCUUCCUCCAUCCUCCAGCCCAUCACAGUGUGUUAAACAUGAGGCAGAGGUGUGUGGACGUCAGGUUUCUGUGCUGGAGAUGCCUCCUCUGUAUGACAAACCACCUGAGGAAGUGAUGGAGGAAUCCCUCAGGUGUGUCUCCCUCUGUGAUCCUGAGGGGGUCCAUGCCUUCAUCCUGGUCCUACCUGUGGCUCCCCUCACUGAUGAAGACAAGGGAGAGUUACAGACCAUCCAGGACACAUUCAGCCCUCAAGUCAAAGACUUCAUCAUGAUUCUGUUCACUGUGGACUCAGAUCCUGCAGCUCCAGCUGUUCUUAACUUUAUAAAGGAGACCAAGGAGAUCCAGGAGCUCUGUCAGAGCUGUGGAGGAAGGUAUUUUGUUCUUAAUGUCAAGAACAAGAAGCAGAUCCCACAACUGCUGAAGUUUGUGGACAAGAGCAGAGAGUCCUACACAACAAAGACACAUGCAAAUGCUCAAACAGAAAAAUAUAGAAAAUUGCAAGAGGAAGUGUUGAAGAGCAGCAAGAGAGUCCAGAGAGUCUCAGGAUUGUUCUGAUUGGGAAGACCGGCUGUGGGAAGAGCUCUUCAGGAAACACCAUUCUGGGUCGAGAUGAGUUUAGAUCCGGAGCCUUCCAGAUAUCUGUCACCAAACAGUGUCAGAAAGCUCAGGGUGAGGUGGACGGUCGGUCCGUCACUGUGGUCAACACCCCAGGACUGUUUGACACAACAAUGUCUAAUGAAGAAGUUCACAAGGAGAUGAAAAAGUGCAUCAGUCUGCUGGCUCCAGGACCUCAUGUCUUCCUGUUGGUGCUACAGAUCGGCAGGUUCACUGAAGAGGAGAAAGAUACUUUAAAACUCGUGAAGCGAGUCUUUGGAAAGAUGUCUGAAAAGUUCACCAUCAUUCUUUUCACUAAAGGAGAUUCUUUAGAGCAUCACUCAAUGUCUGUGGAGGAAUACAUCGACACAGGUGAGGACUUCAUCAAGAACCUGAUCGAUGACUGUGGAGGAAGGUACCACGUGUUCAAUAACUACGACAAACCCAACAGACUGAAGCAYGUCACACAGCUGAUAGACAAGAUCGAUACCAUGGUGAAGAAAAAUGGAGGAAGCUGCUUCACUAAUCAGAUGCUGCGAGAAGCUGAGGAAGCCAUCCAGAAAGAAGUGGAGAAAAUCCUGAAAAGUAAGGAAGACGACUUGCAGCGGAGUACGAUCAGAUGAAGGAGACAUUUGAAAAGGAUGAACUAAAUGAAGAUGAAACUCUGAGAGAGUUGGAGGACAAAUAUGAGAGAAAAGCUCUGGAGAUAAUAAAGAAGUAUGAAGAAGAUGCUCGACUCAAACCUGAAGAGUUUAAUGACUUCAGACGGAAAUACAGAGUGAAAUUUGCAGGUUUGAUGGAGGAACACCGGGAGGAAUGCCACCUUUUGGAAGAAAAACACAAGAAACAAAUCGAAGAGGCAAAAGAAAAAUCCAACAGAGAGUAUAAAGUGUUGGACAACCUGCUGAAAUACAAAGAAGAAAUUUUAAAAGAACAACUCAGACUGAGAGAAGAUCAACUGAAAGAAACCGAGGCUUUAAAGAAAACACAGAGAAGAGAAAACAGUUACAUGGAGGAGAAAUACCCCAAUAAAUGUCAAAUCCUUUAAAAGCCUCAAAUAUAAAACAGACUGAAUCUGUCCUGGAUCAGCUGAAGACAUGAAAACUGAAACGCUCUGAUUUCUUCUCUUUAAUAUUUUAUGAUUCUGAUCUUCUUCAGAAAGCUUCAAUCAAGUAUGUCCAGUGGAGCACAAGAUAUUUUACUAACACAGACAUGGGAAAAACAUUACCCCUUUUUAAUAAACACAGAUGGAAUCAAUCCAUUCAUUCAUGAGCCCAUCUAUUCGUCCUCCAUC